AACAAAAGAAAAGGUUAGACCUUAAACUAUGUUAACACAACUCUAUACAACUGAAGAGGAUCCGGCCUUGUGUUCGAUAAUCUGGGGUGGUAAUUUCACCGUAACGCCUGUUGUACACGAGAAUGACAGUCAGGCCAUCACAGCCGCCUCAACAUCUCACAAUAUCAUUUCUUCGGGCGCCUCAGAGACUCUUGUGGACAAUCGUGUUUCUGCCGCUGCUGCUGCAACUGCGGCGGGAAGUUUUAUAAAUGGUGCUACGGCCGUUGGCAAUAUUGUGACAAAUAAUGCUGGUUCCAUAAGUGUGGGUGAUAAUUUACGCGAUGAUCUUUAUAUAACAAAUGAGGAUCCGCGCACCGAGGCAUUGCGGGAAUAUUCGUACGGUAUAAUCUUGCCCAUCAUCUGUGCGCUGGGUAUCAUUGGCAAUGUCCUCAAUCUCAUCGUAUUGACGAGGCGGAAUAUGCGUGGAACGGCUUACAUUUAUAUGAGAGCCUAUUCCACAGCCGCAUUGCUAGCCAUUGUCUUUGCUAUUCCCUUUGGCAUACGAAUGUUGGUGCACAAGGACAGAGGGCAAUGGGAAGAAUUUGGGCCGGCCUUUUAUACAGCUCAUUUGGAAUUGUUCCUAGGCAAUGGGUGUUUGGGUGUGGGAGUUAUGAUGCUCUUGGUUUUGACAAUAGAACGUUACGUUUCAGUGUGCCAUCCCAGUUUUACAAGACCAGUAAUGGGACCUCCCGGAGUUAUAGUAUUCCUAACCACUCUGAUUACCUUUAUCAUAUAUCUUCCGAGUGUUUUCCGUGGGGAACUUAUCAAGUGUGUGCUGCAGACCGAUGGUCGUUAUGUAUACUUUCGAAGAGAUAAUAAUGCCUUUAUGACAACAAUUUUUUAUAAUGUCUACAAGGUAAUGUUGGAAGUGAUAUUUAAGCUAAUACCCACUGUCCUCAUCGCCGGCCUAAAUUUACGCAUUAUGAUGGUUUAUCGUCAGACUUGUGAGAAACGACGUAAGAUGACGUCGUCACGUGCCUCAUACAUAAAAGAUGCUGAAGAGAAACGUUUGUUUUUAUUGCUGGGAAGCACGUCUAUUUUGUUUUUGGUUUGUGUAUCACCCAUGGCCAUUUUACAUAUGACAAUUGCAUCAGAUGUUCUGCCGAGUUUUUCAUUUCAGGUGUUCCGAGCAUUGGCCAAUCUAAUGGAGUUAACCAAUUAUUCGAUCACAUUCUAUAUAUAUUGUCUAUUCAGUGAGGACUUUCGCAAUACAUUGAUAAGGACCAUAAAAUGGCCGUGGAUAAGAACACAACUGUGUCAUCAAGUCGAUGAGGUAUCUGCCAAGCAAACGCCUCUAAAUAACUUCGAUAAAUUAACUUUGCGAAAUCAUCACAUAACCACAACAUCGGGAGUGUGUACGGGAAUCGGUCGUUCCAGUAGCAUUUGAUGCAAAGUUCCCAUUAUACUAUGAUAGCUUGUAAGAUUUAAUUAAUUUAAUUUGUUUUUUCUUUCUUAAUGGUAAGUUCCAAAAAUGUAAUGCAAAAAAUACUUUAAAUUACUGAAGAAAAUGUGUACACUUUAAGGGUUGGUAAGAG